GCCAAAGCCAGACUGUGCCUGGCUCUCUGCUGUGGCCCAGGAUGGGUUGGGGAGGCGGGCAGGGCGGGCAGAGUCUCUGCAGGGAGUCGGGACCACUAACCCAUGUCCGUCUGCUUUGCAGCCCACACGGCAGAGGCGACUGGGACGGGAGGGGACAGCCACCUACACUGGGAGCCUCGCUGCCAACGGCCCCUGCCCAACAGAGCACCCGUCACGGCACUGCUGCCCCCACGCCUCGAUGGGCCCUGGGUCUCCACUGGCUGCGAGGUGCGCCCGGGACCCGAGUUCCUCACCCGUUCCUACACCUUCUACCCCAACCGUCUCUUCCGAGGCUACCAGUUCUACUACAGGGACCCCUUCUGCCGGGAGCCCGCCCACUCCUUGCUCAUCAAGGGCAAGGUCCGCCUGCGCCGGGCCUCCUGGGUCACCCGGGGUGCCACCGAGGCCGACUACCACCUACACAAGGUGGGCAUCGUCUUCCACAGCCGCCGUGCGCUGCUCGACGUCACCAGGAGCCUCAACCAGACCUGGGCGGGCCAGGACUGUGCCCAGCGGCUGCCCCCGGCCCGGGCCUGGCUGCCCGGGGCGCUGUACGAGCUGCUGAGCGCCCGGGCCAAGCGGGACUGCACGGAGGCGCUGGGCUUCACCAUGCACGAGCUCAGCCUGGUCCGCACGCAGCGCCGCGUGCAGCUGCAGCCCCGGGCCGGGCCCCGGCUGGUGGACGAGCUAUACCUGGGGGACGUCCACACCGACCCAGUGGAAAGGAGGCACUACCGGCCCACGGGCUACCAGCGCCCGCUUCAGAGCGCCCUGCACCACGCUCGCCCCUGCCCCGCGUGCAGCCUCAUCGCCGGCUCCAACGAGCACCACCCGCCCGUGCUGCCCCCCCAGGUGGCCCUGCCCCUGCGCCUGGGCGGCCGCUGGGUCAGCCCCGGGUGCGAGGUGCGCCCCGCCGUGCUGUUCCUCACCAGGCUCUUCACCUUCCACGGGCACAACCGCUCCUGGGAAGGGUAUUACCACCAUUUCUCGGACCCCGCCUGCCGUCAGCCCACCUUCACCGUCUACGCAGCCGGCCGUUACACCAGGGGCACGCCGUCCAACAAGGUCCUCGGGGGCACCGAGCUGGUGUUUCAGGUCACGCGGGCCCGGGUGACUCCCAUGGACCAGGUCACCACGGCCAUGCUCAACUUCUCGGAGCCGAGCAGCUGCGGGGGCCCGGGGGCCUGGUCCUUGGGGACCGAGCGGGACGUCACAGCCACCAACGGGUGCCUGCCGCUGGGCAUCAGGCUCCCCCACGUGGAGUACGAGCUUUUCAAGAUGGAGCUAGACCCCCUCGGGCAAAGCCUGCUCUUCAUUGGACAAAGGCCCACGGACGGGUCGAGUCCCGACUCCCCGGAGAAGCGCCCCACGUCCUACCAGGCGCCCCUGGUGCUCUGCGACGGGGUGUCCGGGCCCCUGCUGCGGAAGCCCGACCUCAGGGGCGCGGGGCCAUGUCCCCGAGCGGCCCCUCUCCCCGCCCUGCCCCUUGCUCUAGGGCUGGCCCUCCUCGAGUGGCUAUGA